GGAAGUUACUGUGCAGACGCCUUUCGUCUCCAUAGCAACACUGACAGUUGUUGCGGUAGCGCUAAGCUAUAAUUUAUGCUAUGCCUUAGCUAGUUAGCUUAGCUGACUAAAAUGUACAAUGUAAACUAUUUUAAACACAUUCGCAGCUCCCUUCCGGGUUAGUUGCUGUGUAUUUUGACUUUUGCACAGUUCUGAACAUCUGUACUAGUGCAAAGAACACUAAAACAAAACAAUAUUCGCUUUGGCAGCUAACCAGAGAAAAUACUCGUCUCUUAUACAUGAAGAUUUGCUUAACAGGAUGUCUAGUGUUUCAGUGCCCUGUUCAGCAUCUGGUUCCUAAUCAUGCAGGAAGCUGUGGACCUGGAAGCCCAGCUGGCUUGUAAAGAAAGAGAAUGGAAAGAACUUCAGGCUUUGCGGAUUCGACAACUGGAGACUGCUUUAAAUGAAGCCACAUCAGAGCUGUCCACCCAAAGAGAGCGUUUCCUUCGCUUGAGGGAUGACUUCAAGUAUAAUCUAGGUGUGUUGGAGGAGAGGGACAAAGAGCUGGAGCGUUAUGAUGCCCUGGCAGCCCGCUCUCAGAUAGAAGAGAGUGCCAGACAAGAAGAGGUCAGUGGGCUGAGGAUUGAGAUAGCAAAACUUCAGGAUGCUCUGGAGGAGAAGCGGAGGGCAAAAGAGGACAUAGAAGUGCAAUAUCAGAAGAGAGGAGUCGAGCAUAGAGUCAAGCUGGAAAAAGUCCAGAACAUGAUGGAAAGUGAGAUUCAAAAACUCAGGGAGGAAAAUGAAACACUUAGACGGGAUCUCCAGCGGCGAAUAAGAGAAUCUGACGGUGAACUGGCGCUACAGAAACAGGAAAUGAUGGCAGAUUUUGACAGUGAGAUGAGAAAGCGGGAGCAUGAAUUCCAUCUGAGGCUGGAUGAAAUGAACAGUGUGGUUCUCUCACAUGAGCUCAAAGAAAAGCUAUUGAGCAAAGAGCUGGAGGUCCACGCAAAAGCUCACAGUCAGGCCACAGAGGCCCUGCAGGCCUCUGAAGAACUUUACCAGCAGGCUCAAAAAGAGAUUCAGCGCAGAGACUGGGACCUAAGGAACACCACUGCAAUGAAAGACUCCAGGAUAAAAGAGCUUAAAGACAGACUAAAACAAUUGGAGAACAAUUUUAUAAAAGAGCAAGAAGCCUACAACAGGAAACACGCAGAACUGGAACGAAGGUCUCGGGAGAAAGAGGAUGUGUUGGGUCUCAUGAGAGAGGCUCAUGCCAGGGAGCUCCAAGAGGACAGAAGGAAAAUCUCAGAAUUGCAGGCUCAAAUGGACAGGUUGAUCCUGGAACAGGAGAGGAGAGAAAAGAGCCAUAUGGAUGACCUUCAUCACAAAGAACAGCAGAUACAAGAGUUCAGAACUCACCUGGAACAAACCCGAUCUGGCUGGGAUACUUACAUCACGCAGGUCUCCAAAGAAAAUGUUGCCAAGGAUACAGAGCUGCUUUCUGCAGGGGAAAGAGAGGCCAAAGUGAGAGCAGAGCUGGAAAGGUGUAAAGGGGAUAUAGAAAGGUAUAAGCAGCAGGUGUCUAGUGGUCUGCAGAGGGAGCAGGCAUUGGAGCAGAAUAGAGUUCAGCUGGAGUUGGAAUGGGAGCGGCGUUGUGAGGAAGUGCGUUCUGAGCACUACCUGAGAAGUGAGGAGCUCAUCCAAAACCUUACACAGGCCAGAGACCAGAAAACUGCUGAGCUGAGAGAGAAGGAACGAGAAUUACAGGAGACAGUGACACUGCUGAAAAGUGUCACUGUAGAGCGAGAUCAUGUGCUACGUGGAACCAAACCAGCACUAACAGGAAUUCAGGCAUCUGCAGUAGACAGCAGCACUUUCCCAUCAGAAGAGAUCAGGAGACUCCAGCAGCAGAACAGCACUCUUAGAGUAGUUGUGGCUGAAAUGAGGAAAGAGAUGGAGAACCUGAGCCAGCAGAUGCCUAUAGCUCAGAACACUAAUCCAGAACCCAGAACUGCAGGGACUACAGACUACAGUCAGGCUCUGGAGAAAGAGAUCCAAGAGCUAAAGGCUAAAUGUCGGGAUAUGGAGGAGCGGUUAGAAGAAUCUUCCAAGAUAGUCAAUACUAGCAGCAUUCCUGCCCUUGCAUUCCCUGUUUCCCAUGAAAAUGCUUACCUUCAAAACCACAUUAGAUCACUUAAUGAGACCAUAGGUGGGCUGCGAGUGGAGAAAGUAGCCAGUGCCGCUGCUCUAAAGAAACAGGAAGUGAGGCUGGCUCAUUUGGAAUCUGCUGUGGAACAGCUUAACCAGCAGUGUCACUCAAAACACAUUGACAAUGAGAGCUUACGUUUGGAGCUGGCCAAUCACAAGAGGGCAGCAGCAGCCGAAGAAGCGCGGCUUAAGCAAAGAGUGACAGCUACUGAGCUGGAGUUAAAUGAAGUGAGACGGGAGGCAGAAGAGUACCAAAAGGGCAGUUUACUCCACAACCUAGAGACUGUUGCACUUGGCAACCAGGUGUCAGCACUGAAGGUUGACCUUGCAAGCAGAAGAGAGCCCAUUGUUCUUAACCAGAGUGAGAUGGUAAAGCUGCUUCAGGAGGAGAACUUGUCCAUGAGACAGCAACUGCUCGUGCUGCAGAGUUCAGUCAGAGGGGGCACCAUGGGUGAUGCUGCUAUCCUUCAGUCGAAGCUUAAACAGGCUGCACGCUUGAUCUCCAGCCUCAGUCAGGACAAACAGCAACUCAUUGAAAUGGGCAACAGGCUCCGGGCGCAGCUGAUAGAAGCAGGAUUGAAGGUUCCACAGCACUCAAAGUUCACUCUCAAAGCAAAUGAUCCAGAGCACAGUCUGAUGGAAAAAGAACCCUCUCAACCCGAGCAUGGUGUGCACCCAAAGAGCCGCUUAUCUACCCUGGAGGAGUUACAGUAUCAGCUAACCACUCAGGAGCUACAAUAUGCACAAAGAGAUCAGAAUAAGAAAAUGGCGAUUAUAGUCCGUCCCCAAUUCUCUGAGAGUGAGAGUUCGGAGAAACGCAGAACUGCUAACCCAUGGGAUCCUCCAAUCAGAGUCCAGUCUGUGGGCAGUAAAGAAAACACUCCUCCACAAAGCCAAUCUGAAGCUCCAGUACAACUGCCCGGAUCAUCGCACUUUCUGUUGUCAUCUAUAGGCACUGAUGAUUCCCUACAGAAUAUGUGGAAGAUGUUGGAUCGAGGUUUGAGUUCCUCUGCGUUCUCUACAAGUGACAGUGAGGACAAAGGUAGAGAGGCUACAGCAAACAGAGGACACCCAGACAUUAAUCAGCCUCCUGCUCCACCGGUCAGUGUGGAGGGCACAAAAGCAUCACUCCAGGAAAAGAAGAAACAAAACCAGACAACAUUUGCACCUGCUAAAAAGACACGUCCUGCAGGGAAUAAGAGCAAGAUUCGGAAUUACAACAUCAAAGACUGAAAAAAUCUCAUUUUAAGUGAUAAUUAUAUUAUUUGUUUAUUUUGCAUCAUGCAAGAUUUGUAUAAUAUUUGUACC